AUGGCUUCUGUCAGUCAGACAAAGGCGAAUCAGUUUAUGCCUUGAAAUGAAAUCAAAUUAGGAAAAGAUAGCGGCAGAGUCGGACAUCGUCCUGUUUUGCUGGUUCAUGUCUGGCGACGUGGAUUAAAGAGACGGAAACACUGUCAGUUGAGUUGAAUAAAUGCAGUGGUGCACGGAGGCCCUGCACGCGCACAAUCAGAAUGUCCCAUUACACAGAUGAGCCUCGUUUUACCAUUGAGCAGAUCGACUUGCUGCAGCGGCUACGUCGGAGCGGCAUGACAAAGCAAGAGAUCUUGAACGCGCUGGACACCCUCGACCGGCUAGACCGCGAGCACGUGGAGAAGUUCGGCCACCGGCACUCCCACGGCGGAAAUGGGGCAGCCGGCGUCAAUCACGGCAACGCCACCACCUCUUCAAACUCCUGCACUACCUCCUCUAACAACCUCACAGCCUCUUCUUCAACAACAUCUACAGCCACGCAGACGGGAUACCGUGGCAAUGGCCUCUCUCCAUCCCCUAGCAACAUCUAUGACACCUCCCCGCCCCCGAGUGUCCCCACCCCCGUGCCAGUAGUAGCACCCAUAGUCCAAAAUGGACGGGACAGCCUCGCCUCUAUGCCCAAUGGUAAGCUCUCACCGCCCCGCUUCGCUGUUAGCAACACCUCCUCGCGGGCCUUCGCUUUCGAGCACCCAGAUGAGGACGUGGACAUUGAUGAUAAAGUCGAGGAGCUCAUGAGAAUGGACAGUGCUAUAAUUAAAGAAGAGAUUAAAGCCUUCUUGGGGAACCGGCGAAUAUCACAGGCAGUAGUUGCCCAAGUUACAGGUAUCAGUCAGAGCCGGAUCUCUCAUUGGCUGCUCCAGCAGGGCUCAGACCUCAGCGAGCAGAAGAAAAGAGCCUUCUAUCGCUGGUACCAACUAGAGAAAACUACACCUGGUGCGACUCUAGCGAUGCGGCCCACCCCGAUGGCCCUGGAGGACAUUGUGGAGUGGCGUCAAACCCCUCCUCCCAUUAGCAGCACCCAGGGCAGCUUCCGUCUGCGGCGUGGCAGCCGCUUCACCUGGAGGAAAGAGUGUCUGGCAGUGAUGGAGAGUUAUUUCAAUGACAACCAGUACCCCGAUGAAGCCAAACGAGAGGAAAUUGCCAAUGCCUGCAAUGCAGUUAUUCAGAAACCAGGGAAGAAGCUUUCAGAUCUUGAGAGGGUCACGUCUCUGAAAGUUUACAACUGGUUUGCCAACAGACGGAAGGAAAUUAAGAGAAGAGCCAACAUAGAAGCAGCAAUCCUGGAGAGUCAUGGGAUUGAUGUCCAAAGCCCGGGAGGACAUUCCAACAGUGAUGAGAUCGAUGGAAAUGACUACGGUGAGCCAGUACCUGCUGACCAUGUUUUGGGAAUGGAUGACAACACCGGCCCAAAUGAACACCAGGACCCCAUAGCUUUGGCAGUGGAGAUGGCCGCUGUCAAUCACAGCAUCCUGGCACUUGCGAGGCAGGGCGGAGCCACCAGUGACAUCAAAACAGAGGUGCUGGACGACGAGUGAGAAUCCGCCCUUUGACGUGGAGCAUGGAGGGAAGCCGAAGAAGAAAUGUGGGGUUACGCAAUUAAAGCCAAACAGAUUGUGCGAGAACUAUGAUUAUGAGGAAUAUGGCCAGGUCGUGGAUGACCAAAGUGAAUGCGGAGGUUAUAAAGACUGUUAACCCAACAUUCCCCCCUUCCACCUCUCUCCUACGUGUGACGCCUCAAUAGUCUUUUUAUUAAUUCCGUUCUCCUACACGCAGCAGGUUGGAGAGGCACUGAGAUUAAACUGUUAACCAAACACGUUCGCUAAAAACUUCAUGCGACAUAUCACCCUGCCAUCUCACACCAGGAUAGUGAAUUUUGCCUCUGUUUUUCCUUCUUUCAGGAAGUCUUCUUUGCAGGAUACAAGAGGUCAGUAUCAUACUUAAUGCUCACUGCCUCAGUCUCUCCAGGGAAAGUGUGUUGGGAAGCAUAUUCUCUCUCACUUCUUAACUUAUGUAUGUGCAGUCCAGCGUUGAUGAAAUUGCGUUUAAACUUGUGUUUUAAACUACAGUACAGUUUAGUCACCAGGGUCUAAAGUUAACACUUGCCUACCACUAAAUGUGUACCUGCAGCUUUGCCAAAGUCUGCUUCGCCAAGCAGUAGCAGACUAGAAAAUAAAAAAAAGGCUAGUUGGUCCUGCUGAGAAGUGCAAAAUAGUUACAUGAUUCAAAAUAGUCUCUUAAGGAAGUCUUGAACGUUUAUUUUUGGCGGUCUACGUUAAACGUGUUUUUGCAUUCAAAAACAGCUCUUGGUUUGGACAUGGUUUUAAAAACGUUUUAAACUUUUAUGCUUAAAUAACGUUGUUUUAAAAGUUAUUUUAACUUCAUAUGUUGUCUUAAAAAUGGCUGAGACACUCAAAAAACAUUGCAAUACACAGUGCAACAGCCAAAGACAUCUUUCUGAAUGUGUAUAGCGGUAGUGACGGUGUUUAAACAAGGUGAAUUUGAAAACUCCUCUCCUAUGAGUUUCACCAUGCAAAAUGUCUUAUAGCUAAUGUGUAGCAUGCUAAUUAAAGCAUCACCACUUAUAUACCUAAACUAAAAGCAAAAUAUAAUAACAUAAAUUAAAUAAUUGGUUGUUAGAGGAGAAGCUGUAACUCAUAACUAAACAUAUUACUAUCUUAAAGGAGAAGUUCACCCAAACAUUUAAAUUUGCUGAAAAUGUACUCCAUCCGAGAUAUAGAUGGUUGUUUCUUCGUCAGAACAGAUUUGGAAAAUUUUGCAACACAUCACUUGCUCACCAAUGGAUAUUCUGCAGUAAAUGGGUGCCGUCAGAAUGAAAGUCCAAACAGCUGAUAAAAACAUCACAAUAAUCCAUAAGUAAUCCACACAACUACUCCAUCAAUUAAUGUCUUAAAAAGCGAAAGCAGCAUGAUAGUAAGAAACGUAUACAUAAGGUAUUUUUAACUUUGAAGCAAUUCUAAAUUUCUCCAAAUCUGUUCGGAUGAAUAAACAAACACAUCUUCAUCUCAGAUGGCCUGAGAGUGAGUACAUUUUCAGCAAAUUUCAUUUCAUUUUUGUGUGAACUGUUCCUUUAAGAGCGUCAUCCCUGGCAGUCGCUAAUCAAUGGUAUCUUUUGCAAUUUGCACAUUUUGUCACUAAAUUUAGUUGUCACUGUGACAAGAAUAGUUUAAGUAAAACAAAGUGCAGUUUUAUGAGCAGUAUGAAAUACUUUGUCAUAAAAUUGGCUAAAUGUUAAUUCUGGACCCUGGUUUUCAGUGUAAAUGUUGCAUAGGACUGUUUUUGCAGUACCAUAACCGGCCUGCUGGCUUCAGCAAUUAUGUAUUGCACUUUUAAUUACUAGCGGCAGCUUAUUUAUGUUCCUGUCGCUACACAACUGUGCAUCUCUGCAGGGAGGCGUCGAAGGCUGUCAGGAAUCUGAAGCCUACUCGUGAAGAUUGUGCCAUUAUAUUUCAGCAUUAGCAGACUAGCUCUUCUGCAGGCCUCUCUAAAAGCAAUCAGACAAAAGCCGUUUAUUUGAACGUUUAUAACCUCAAAGUGUUCUACUCCGCCAAUAACUGUGCGAACGUUUCAGCAGCACGCGGCUGGAAAGUGUUGUAGCAUUGGGAAUUUCUUUGUCUCUCAGCGAAUGGGAAAACACUUGACAAUUAGGGUGACGACGUUCCCUUACAAAAAACCUGUUGGUGUUUGCCCAUGUGUCCAAAUAAUGUUUUUUUUUCUGGAAAGUAAUUAUAUCUAAAGUCCCCUCGAUGGGGAUUAAUAACCAUUAUUUCUGAAAUUAAAGUGGAUUUAACCACUCUAAUAAUUAUCCCAUGUAAUUGCUUGUUUGUUUUUUUUGUUGAAUAUUCACAAAAUGUCACUUUAAGAGGGAGGGUUAUGGUGCUUUGGGUUCUUAACCCCAACAUACAUACAUAUAUAUUCAUAAGGUACUAUUUCAAUGAAAGAAAAUGGACUAAUUCAGGUGAUUUUUAUUUGUGCUUCAGAAUUGAAAUAUGGUGCUUGUUUUAAAAAAGGAGAUACUAACCACAUUCCCUCUUCCACCUUUUACAGUCUUUCUCUUUGCCUUUUAGGAAGCUGCUUUCUGUGUGUAAUGCACAUCCUGGCAGUCACAAAUAAGCUUUUUUUUUUACGUAUCACAAUAGCUAUCGGAUGACAAACCUGUGAAAAGUAUCAGCUGCUUCAAAAGUUCUUUCAGAAUGUCUGAAAUACCAUUUCAACUCAUCAACAUACCUUUGUUCCUAUUGAGCGUAAGAUU